AUGGAGAGCUUUGUCUAUCCCCCCUUCAGCACAUUCCCCAGCUUCAGGAGCAGCCUCACUCCGAGCCGCAACGGGGACGCGGCGGUGAAGCAGCCCAGCUGGAAGCAGGGCAAGAGCGGCGGCAUCAGCCCCUUCCUCGGGGGGCCCCUCACCCCUGUGCCCUCCGACUACCUGGACAGCUGCCGCCGGGCCCAGCUCCAGGCCCUGCUAUCGCAGGUGAGCCCGGGGCUGGCGCCGCGGCUGCGCCGAGCCAGCACCCGGGAGGCGGGCGUGCAGGUGAGCCUGCGGGCCGACGCCGCGGUGCAGUGCUCGCUGGGGCCGCGCACGCUGCCCGCCGGCCGCCCGCUGAGCCCCGCGACGCGCCGCUCCCUGGGGCGCCUUGCCCUCUACUCGCCCGUGCCGGACCGGCGCCUCUUCACGCUGCCGGAGGCCGCCGCACCCCAGGAGAAGGAGGCGGCGGCUGGGACGACCCCCGAGGCGCAGGCGGCGGAGGAUGAGAGCAGGCAGCAGCAGGAGGGGCAGGCAGAGGCCGCGCUGCCGAGCACGGAGGCGGUGUUCCGCAGACGGCGGGCUGUCUUCCAGUUUUUGGAGCAGAAGUAUGGCUAUUUCCAUUGCAAAGAAUGCAAGACCAGAUGGGAGAGUGCUUACGUGUGGUGCAUUUCUGGAAGCAACAAGGUGUACUUCAAGCAGCUAUGUCGCAAAUGCCAAAAGGCCUUCAAUCCCUAUCGUGUGGAAGCAAUCCAGUGCCAGACCUGUUCAAAGACGCGUUGUUCCUGCCCUCAGAAGAAAAGACAUAUUGAUCUCAGGAGACCUCAUCGCCAAGAACUCUGUGGCCGCUGCAAAGGCAAGAGGCUGUCCUGUGAUAGCACUUACAGCUUCAAAUACAUUGUCUGAUCUGUCUGCCCUCCCUCUUCUGUUCUGCUUUGCUCUUUGUCAGCCUCUUACAAUGUUUUGACUUUAGGCUUUUGACUUGGCAUUGGAUAAUGGAUAAAGACUUUUGUACUAUUUAUAAAAUACGUAACUUAAUUGUAUAUAUGCUGUGAAUAAAGUUCAGUAGAAGUGUGCUA